CUGCGCACGGCCUUCCCCAGGAUGGGAGGGAAUGGCGCAAGCGGGCGUGUCUCCCGGGACUCUACAGCAGGCGAACCCCGGGCUCCUCCGGUAGGUUUGGCGUGCGCGCCUUUCCGCAGAUCUGGAGCGAGCUUGCACGUUGCAUCACCGGUGCAUCGCUUCUUGCUUGCUUAAGUUGCCACCACAUAGGCUUCUGCUGCAGAAAUCGCCAUAGACUUUUAUGGGCCGCGGAACGGGACUACCUUGGUGACUCAUUUGCACACCCCCAGCAUAUCUGCGUGCAUGAGUUGGACGCAGACGUAAGUUGUUGGAGACUUCAUUAUCCCCAGCUUUGCAGCCACUCUCUGGCCCCCGCAUCAGCUUCUAGACUGGAAGCCGAGGGGCUAAAACUCAGAAAAGCAAUGACUCUUCCGUGAUGAGGCUUCCAGAGGAGCAAGAAUAGCGACAUGAUUCCACCUGCAGCCGUCUAGAGAAUAGUUCUCCUGUCUUCCCCUCACAGUAGUGGACUUAACGUUCUUGUAUUGUUUAAGUGAUAAAAUGAGCGACCGCUAUCUAGAACAAAGGAUUAGCAUCAAAUUCUGCGUGAAAUUGAACAAGUCUGCAAGUGAGACCCACCAUCUUUUAAAAGAAGCUUAUGGGGAUGAAGUCAUGUCAAGGGCCAGAGUCUUUGACUGGCACAAGAGGUUUAAAGAAGGGCGGGAAGAUGUUCGAGAUGAUGCCCGAAGUGGUCGUCCAGUCACCCACCGGACGGAUGAAAACAUCCAGAAGGUCAAGGACUUGGUUUGUUCAAAUAGGCAGUUAACUGUGAGGAUGAUGGCUGAAGAGUUAAAUUUAGAUAAAGAAACCGUUAGACUCAUUCUGAAAGAAAACUUGAAUAUGAAGAAAGUUUCCGCAAAAGUUGCAUCGAGUAUUUUAAAGGAUGAACCUAAACCUCGAAAACUUGACUUUCGGUCUGAUCUUUCAAAGGAAACUAAGAAAAAGAGCUCAUGUGUGAGGAGAAAGGUAACAAGUUCUGAAACGUGGAGUCAUCUCCAGUGCGAAGCUGGUGGGGAAAUAAUUGUGCCUGUAUCCCAUCCCAAAAUCCAUUAUCCUGCCAGCCAGCUGCUGCAGGCUUCAUCUUCAACAAGCCUUCCCGCCAGGGCAGCUCAGGAUUGGUUCACUCCGUGGUGAAAGGAAUGUGGGGUGGCCCCACCCCACCUAGAAAGCUGCUUCACACUUAGGCACCUUCAUUUGCUGCUCAUCUAUUUUCAGCUUCUUUACCACUCCUCCCACUUCCCUCCAUGUUAUGGCCCUCCUGUUCACUCUUUGCUGGACUCUUGGGCCAUCUUCCUUGCUGUUCUCCACACUUUGAAGAACUUUUGGCUGUUGGCUUCUGGUCCUUGCUUGUGCUUAAUUUUUUUUUUUUUGUCUUAACAAGUUUGAAUCUCUUCACUGUCCAGACCUUAGUUUGUUAUGGCUGUCCUCUUCCUUUGUUCUCAAUAUCCUGCCUCAGGGGAUCAUACCAGUGAAAGGUGGGAGCAGAACCUUUUGGAGUCUCUGUGCACAGGGAGGCAUACUCUUCUGGGAGGACCCAAAAGAAAGCCUACAGUUCCAGCCUGCUCCACAGUCAGGGCUUGAGGUAUGGUACAGAAAGCAGUGGCAUGCUGACAUAGGGAGCAAUGCUAAGAGCAGAUGCAGCUCAAAUGACUCUGGGAGCCCCCAGAACUCAGGGUUGGCCACCCCUUACUGAUCUUCUCACAGACCUACCCCGAUAGAAGAGCUAGGUUUGUUCAUUCUAGUCUUGCACUUUGGACCCCAAAGACUCAUUUGGGUGUAUCCCCUCUGCUGGAGGGGAAGGAUCUGGCCCCAGAAAAUGUAAACCAGGGGAUUUGGGCCCAGGCUGUGAUGUAUGAGGAGAAAGACUAACACCCUCGACCUUGAAUUAAGGGAGCUCGCUGCCUACGUGCUGGUGCCCACACAGCAGCCUGUUUUUGGUAACUCACAUCAACAUUGUCAGGUGUUUUUCUGAGCACUGACAGUUUUUAGAACACUGCUGAGCACUGACAGUGUGAGGCUGUGAAAUAAGAUCACCAAGGGCUGGGUAGACUUGAUGGAUGAUGUGGUUCCUAGACUGGAUCCAUAAGGAAGGAUGAGACGAGGGGGCUAGGAAAUUAGGGCAAGCUUCCCAGGCAGGUGGAACAGUGUGAGGCUGCAAACCUGCCUCAGCAGGAAAAUGAUAGCACUAUUGGCUGAAAUAGCAAAAUCUAAAGAGGAAAAUAAUGGUGUUGCAGAAGGUGAGCAAUUUGGAGUAAUUUGCUUCCUCUCUUCUGCCGCCAACUGUAUGCUAGUAGUUUAUAAAUUGCUUCCCCCUGAGUCUGUGGAUAGGUUUAUAAUAACCACUUAUUUGAUUAUCUAAUUCUUUCAUCAAACCCUCAAAGAGCAUUCUCUACUGGUUCAAAAUCCUUUAUCUCUCCCUGGCUCUCUGCCAGGAUUUAUGGAAUGAAACUUUUCGCAAGUGGGUUCCAAGUAAUACCACAUAGACUAGAAACAUCUUAGAAUGCCUAAUGGAGGGGUGUGUGUGUGUGUUGGGUGGGGGUGGGGUGGAAGAUGGUUAGUAACAGCAUUUCACAGGAUUGGCCAAUGUCUAUGUUUUAACCCAAGGAUUUUUACAUGUAGCAGCUCCUAUUUAACUGGUAAAUUAGUAAAAAAUAUUGGUUGAUCAUAGAGGCCCAACAUUUAUUCAGCAAGUUAUUCUUAGUUCUGUUCCUUCACUAUCUCUAUUGCCUUCAAAAAAUUACUAAUACCUGUCAGCUUUGAGGUUCCCUGAAACCUAGAGCUUAUCCCACAAAUAGAAGAUACUGUGCAAGAAAACUCAAACCAACAAUGGCUCACAGACUUCUGCCUACUUAGCAAUUUGUAGACAUUUCAUCUCAAUUCUUACAUCUUCCUACAUCAGAUGAGGCCCUGGGUUCCCCACUGCUGAAAGCCCCCAUGGCUGGCAGCUUUGUGGCUGAACAUAAUAAUCAUCACUCAGCCCGGGGUGGGGUAACUGUUGCAGAAUUGUAUGCUCCUACACCUUGAGCAAGUUCCCACAACAGUACCUAUAGGCAUUAUCUCCAAUCUUUGAUAACACAGAGGCCCUGAAAGAAUUUAUUUCUGGAUCUAUUCCUGUCCUGUGAACAGGGCUGGAGUGACCCUUCCGAAGAUACUAGACCAAGACCAUGCUGGAGGGUAGGGUACCAGAAGCAAUGUUGUCCCAGACAGGGUUUGGAGACAAAGCAACUGGAAGCAGGUAAUCAGAAGGGUGAAUUUAAAUUGUUCCAAGUAGCCAUAAUGAAAAAGACUUAGUUUAUUACCUUAAAUCAUGCCCUGUGUGGUAGUCAGGUCACACUUCUACCUGAACCCAUUGUCCAUUUUGCUUCCCAGAAAAUAUUCAAUGAGAUGAUAAUAAACCCUAAGAAGCCUCAAGUUUGAGAGAAAUUAAAAAUACUCAUUCAAAGCAGUCCAUUCACAUGUGGCUGCUCAGACUCUCUCCACCCCAGGUUAGAGCAUGAUCUCCAUAUGCCCAAACAAGAGAGUUCUGUAACAGUACCCCGUAUGUGCCCAACACCCUAAUCCGUUUUAUUUCUGACCCUUUUUUUUGGCCCACAUCUUGCUCCCUAGACCUCUAGAGUGUCUAAUCCUGUAAUCUCAGGGAUCUACCCAUCAUCAUGCUUCAGGCCCUUGUCCUUGGCUUUUUCAGAUAUCACUCGGUUUAUUCUUAACUGGUUUGAUCUUGUUCCUCUGUUUCCCUGAGCUUUGUUUUCUAGUUCUAGACCAUACUCUCCAAUAGCUGCUUUUGGCCACUUGGGUGUGCUGAUCUUGAAUUGCUCUUUUGCCUGUGAUUUUCCACUCAACUGCAACUCCUCUCCUGGUUUCCGUGUCCCUCUCCCGACUCCCCACUUCAGCCCUAUAGUCUUGACUACGGAAAUUGUCUGUUCCAUUGCUGGCCCCCGUUGCCUUCCUGUCCUUAAAAAGUAGGGUGGGAUAACAUGGGGGAAUGUGUUCAUGUUUUUUAUUAUUAUUAUUAUUUUUUUAAUGGAGGUAUUGGGAAUCAAACCCAAAACCUUGUGCGUGCUAAGCACUCUAUCACUGAGCCAUACCCACCCAUCCUUAUUUUAUGAUUAUGAUUAUUAUUAUGAUGAUGAUUAUUAUUAUUAUUAGGCACACAGAGAAGGAACAAAAAUCUCCCUUUCACCCUUAGCCACCAGGGACUCCACUCCCCAGACGUAACCAUUAUUACUAAUUUCUUGAGGCAAUUUGGUUACCUCUGGUCCUCAGGAGUCAUGAAAGUUUUUCAGAGAUAUAAUAUCCAAAUCCCAUUCUCCCAGCAACUGUAUUUACCCUGGCGGAAGAAGCUCCAUCUAACCAUAGGAGAUGGCUCCCUGUAGGGCAUCUGGGGGAGAGCUGGCUCUCUGCAAACGUUUACCGUAAAUCUCAAGCUCAACACACAGCCAAGGUAUCUCUGGCUUUCAGGCUGAUCUUCCUCUUCCCCAUUCUGGUUACCAAACCACAGGGAAUGUUAUAUACCACAGCUGGGAGUUCUGGGGGGAAUGAACACCUUCCAGGGCAGAUCAUCCCAUCAUUGAGUUUAUCCAAUCCUUUCUCUACCCAUUAUCCCACCUUCCACCUGUCUCACUGUUAGUGGUCUAAACCAGAAUAAAAUGUUUACCAAUCUUUGAUUUCGAAAAACAUAUGGAUAGUUCUCCAGUCUUCUGAAUUCUGCCCCUGGCUCUAAGUUCUUACUGAAAUCUUGUUGUUUGCCAAGAAUGUGUACCCGGGGCCUGCUUUCCAGAGUCUUUCUUUCAGAUCCGUUUCUUUAGAGUUCAGAGUUGCCAUUGGAGAUGGCUGGAUAAAUCUGGAUGCUAAAUGACUUGAGGAUGUGUACUAAAGGAACAGGGUACUGUUGGGAUUGUCACCGUAUCACAUGUCCUGGUCAGCCAACUUGCUGUUUGCAGACAUCAUUGCCAGUAAGUCUCAUUAGGCUCUUGGAAUUGGUCAUUUUGUCCUAUGUGGCUCAGUUAGUAAGAGUCUUUUUGCUGCUGGAAUUGUAUAUGUAACCCUGCGUUCUCCAACUGCUUCUUAGUUGGAGCAGUCCUCUAAGAUUUUACCAAAGAUUCACAUCCUAUCUGAGGCCACAUUCUUGUAUUUAUGUUCUCUAGUCUCUGCCUUAUCAGAUCCUUGCAAAUACUGUCCCAAUUGCAUCACCCUUCUCCUAGUAUUAAUAACCAGAGAAAAAAAUCUUCGGUGAGAAAUUUCAGUACCUCCAAGUACUCGCUUGGAUUUAGUGAAGAGAAUAAAACAAUAGCACCAAAAGUUGGCAAUGGAGAGAAUGGGGCCAAACCACUAAUUUGGCCCAGAAACAAUUAGCUGACUGGAUCAACAUGGAGACUGCAUGAUACUACUAUGUUGGUAGCAGGAAUGGGACAGAAAGGAAAAGGGCCUUCCUGAAAGGAGAGGGCUAUGUGACCAGAAUUCCUGCAAAAAAAA